AUGAAGACGAUGAUUAUCGCGAUAUGGGCGUUGCUAGCCGUGCUUACACGAGCUAUUGGCGCCAACAAUGUCUGUCUGGGCAACGACAGUGGGUAUGCGAUCGCUCGCACGGGCGAGACCACCUCGAUUCUCACUUCGCGCGACGAUGCUGCCGUCAUCCACCACGCAGCAGCCAGUUUGGCGGCCGACAUGAUGCGCACGAUCCCCGACGCCCAGGUGGUGGUGCGCAAUGUCAGUGCGGCUUCCGCCAUGCAGACCACUUCGGAGCGCGUGGUGUUUGUCGGAUCAUCCAACUCUGCGCUUGUCCAGGCGCUCGCCAAGUCGCACAGCAGUGUGGCGAGUCAAGCGUCGCUGCUCGAGGGGAAAUGGGAGUCGUGGUCGUCCGUCCUCCUCCCCAACCAAGGCGUCGUGCUGAUGGGUAGCGAUCGACGCGGAACCGCCUAUGCGCUGUACACCCUCAGCGAGGAGUUGGGUGUGAGCCCGUGGAAGUGGUUCGCCGACGUCCAGCCAACCACCACCCACACCUCCAUCUACUACGCUCCGAGCGACAAGCAAGGGUCGUUUGGAGGGAAUGCCUGCUCGCAUGGUCCGCCAAUGGUCAAGUACCGCGGCAUCUUUCUCAACGACGAAGCGCCUGCACUCACCAACUGGGCGCGCACGCACUUUGGCGGGCCCUUCGCACCGGAUGCAUCGCAGUCGUUCAGCGACGCCAUGUACACGCACGUAUUCGAGCUGCUGCUGCGUCUGCGCGCCAACCUCAUCUGGCCCGCCAUGUGGGCCGACUCCUUCGCCGUCGCCGGCCUCCCCGACCUCCCCAACAACGGCACCCACGGCAAAGGUGCCGCAGGCCCCAACCAGGUCCUCGCCGACCGUAUGGGCAUUGUAUUCGGUACAUCCCACCAGGAACCCAUGGCCCGCAACACCCCCGAGUGGAAUACUUGGUACCAGGGACCUUGGGAUUAUACCAAGAACAGCGAGAAUAUUACGACGUACUGGCAGUACGGUGUCGACCGCGCAGAGGGACUCGAAACCAUGUUCACAAUGAGCAUGAGGGGCAACGGCGACAAGGCGCUGGAUGGAGCGAACAUUGAGCUGCUCGAGUCGAUCAUGGCCAAGCAAAAGAGCCUCCUCCCCCACACCGCCACCAACGCAUCGAGAGUGGGUGUGCCGAUGAUGAUGUGCCUCUACACCGAAGUGCAAGGCUACUACAACGAAGGCCUCCGCGUCGACGAUGACAUUACGCUGCUAUGGACCGACGACAACUUUGGCUUUAUCCGUCGCAUCCCCACUGCGGACGAGAAGAAGCGGUCGGCCGGAGCGGGACUCUACUAUCAUGCGGAUUAUGUGGGGCCGCCGAGGUCGUACAAGUGGGUGAAUACGGUCAAUCUGGUGAAUGCGUGGGAGCAGCUCAAUGUGGCAUUUGCCAACGAACAGCGCGAGAUGUUUGUGCUCAAUGUCGGCGACCUCAAGCCCGUCGAGGUGCCGAUUCACUUUAUGCUCGACAUGGCCUACGACUCGUCGCGCCUCACCCACGCCAGCAACGUGUCCACCUGGCUUGAUACCUGGGCCGCCAAAACUUUCGGUGCCGGUGCGAAUGGGGAGCAUCUCAAGGUCGCUGAGGUGGUGCGGGGAUACUCGUGGCUCAACUCGCGCAUCAAACCGGAGCUGGUCAACGCGACCACCUGGUCGGUCGUCAACCAUGCAGAGGCCGAGUCGGUGCUGGCCGAGUGGGAUCGUCUCGAAACAAUGGUGUCCGACCUCGAACCCUACUUCCGUGGCGGGGAUAACUGGGAGGCGUUCUUCCAGCUGGUGGCAUACCCUACGCUGGCGAGUGCCAAUCUCAACCGCAUGCACGUUGCCGUGGGCCGCAACAACCUCGCGGGUACGCAGGCCAAAAACUCUGCGAACCACUGGGCGCAACGUGCGAGAGAGCACUUUGCGCGCGAUGUCGAGCUGACCGCCGCGUACCACUCGCUCGGCAAUGGCAAGUGGAAGCAUAUGAUGAGCCAGCCGCACAUGGGGGGUCAGUACUGGCAGCAGCCCAUGCGCAACAUGCUCCCGCCCCUCUCGUACAUGCACCUCGACGACUCGUGGCCGGAUACGGCGCUGGGCAGCAAUCUUCGCGUGGGCGUGGAUGGAAGCAUGGGUGCAUGGCCGGGUGAUAACCAGUACAACUGCGCCGACGGGUACAACUGCCCCGACCCGGUACUGCCCGCGUUGACCCGGUACAGUGGCGAUCAGCGACGCAGCAUCUGGGUCAGCGCCGGUGACGCGCAAAAGUUCUCCUUUUCCGCCACCACCAAUGCUUCGUGGCUGGGUGUGGCGCAUCGACUCGCCACCGACUCGGCCAACGCCACCCAGGGCGCAAGGUUUGUUCGUAGACGCAGCGAUGGAUUCGAGGCCGGCGCCGAGUUCGACGACGAGGUCGAGGUGCAGCUCUCUGUCGACUGGACCGCCUUACCCAGCCCAAGCUGCACCGGUGCUGCACAGAUGCGCACCGCCAUGGUCUACAUCAACGCCACCCACAACGACAGACUGCCCGGUAUGAGCCCACCCACCAACGUUACAGUAUCGCUCUCUGUCGAUCCGUGCCUGCUUGGCGAUGAAGUGGAGCAAGGAACGUUUGUCGCUUCGCCAGACGGCAGUGUCUCGAUGCUCGCUACGCACGCCACGAUCGAGUCUGCACGAGACGCUUCCUUCACCCCGGCGUACAUCGAGGCACUUGCCGGGUACGGGCUGUUGGGAUCGGCAGUGACCGUGCUGCCGCCCACUGCCGAGUCGAUUGACCGCAACGAUACCGCCAACCUCGGCCGCGGGCCCUCGCUCGCAUUCGACUUUUACCUCCCGCACUCCGUGGGCAACGAGACGGCGUUCAACGUGACGGCGUGGCUAGCACCCGUGCUCAACUACCGCGACAAGCGUCCCCUGCGAUACGCCCUCGAACUCGAUGCUGAUCCCAAGUCGAGGGUUCAGGUGACCCCCGUGCCGGACAACAUCACGCCGGGCACCAAUUCGGCCGAUUGGGGCAACGUGGUCAGCGCCAACAUCCGCACCGUCACCACCUCCCUCUCCUCAUCGGCUGCGACGCAGGACGGCAAGCACACGCUCAGAUGGUGGCCGCUCGAACCGGGUCUCGUGCUGCAAAAGAUGGUCAUCGAACCACACGCCAAACUCUCGGCCCGCACAACGCUGGGCCUCCCCGAAUCACGACGUGUAGGCAUGCUCUAG